ACUCUGGUGGAACUGGGCAGGUUAUUACCACAGACUCACAUUGCCACUCUUCUGAUCAGUCUGGUGGCUCUCACAGCUCUGAUCAUUGUGAAAGAGAUCAACUCCUGCUACAGUCACAGAUUACUCCUCCCUGUUCCCAUAGAGCUCAUGGUGAUUAUUACAGGGACACUUGUUUCUCAUUAUGCUGAUCUGAGAGCUGUUAAUGGUGUCGACGUGGUGGGAGAAAUUCCCAGUGGACUGGUGCCACCCAGAGUCCCAGAGGUAGGUUUCUUCUCCUCAGUGGUUGGAGACGCGUUUGCUGUGGCUGUGGUGGGAUACGCCAUCAGCAUUUCUCUAGGCAAGACUUUUGCUCUCAAACAUGGAUAUAAAGUAGACAGCAAUCAGGAGUUGGUGGCGUUGGGGCUCAGUAACACCAUUGGUGGCUUUUUCCAGUGCUACUCCGUCACUUCCUCCAUGUCUCGCAGUCUUGUGCAGGAGAGCACGGGGGGGAAGACACAGGCUGUGCUGUCCAGCAUUGUGUUUGUGAAUCUGAAGGGAAUGUUCAUGCAGUGUCAGGAUAUUCCUGCUCUGUGGAGGAGCAGCAGAGUAGAUCUGCUAGUGUGGCUGGUGACGUUUCUCUGUACUGUUCUGUUGAAUCUGGACCUGGGUCUGGCAGCUUCCAUCAUCUUCACACUGCUCACUGUGAUCUGCAGGACCCAGCG